AUGUCGCAACCAAUUCUCUCCAUUCAGUCGAACGACUCUACAAAGACCAGCAAAGCCGUCGCAAACCUUCUACCCUGUCGGAUUCACCACGAUGGUUCAGUUGGCGAGAUAAACUCGUCCUUCUGGAACCCUACCAAGACAGACGAUGGAAAGAACGUGGCAUAUUUCCGCGGCAGGAAACUUCACGGAACGACGGUCAAACUACCGGAACAAUACAAGGGUGUAGUCAUGGAGAAGAGCGACAAAGUCGAGAACAGGCGGCACGAGGUCGAUGAGGAGGUAGAACAGGAGGAGGAACGGGUGGAUGUUGGUGCUAUGGACAUCAAGACCGAGUUUGACGAGAUGGUUGUUUGGGGUCACGAGGCAAGCGCUGAGGCUGGGUCGGAUCCCUACGUCAGAAGUAUUGAGGAGUGGUUGUCAAUUGCUGAACAGAUACACUCUUAUCCUUCACCAGAAACGAAGAACGGCGCUUAG